UCUCAAUUCAAAACUGUUUCAGACUUUAGUGUCUGCAACACUGUGAGAGAAAGAGAGAGAGAGAGAUUGGAAAUUAAAACUGAUCACCGGAAAUUGAGAAGAUUUUGCCGGGAAAAAUCCCCUGAAAAUUUUUAGAUUUAAACUGUCUCAAUUUUUGGCCGGAGUUGGACGUCUUAUUGGUGUUUAGACUGAGAUAUUUUGAAAUGCAAGAUUUUCAGGCGAUGGGGAGUCGAGGAGGAGGAGGAGGAGGAGGAGGAGGAGGUAGAGUGUUGGGAGUAGACCGGAGACCACGUCCGUUGCCGAAUCAAACCCUGAAAUGCCCACGCUGCGACUCGCUCAACACCAAGUUCUGCUACUACAACAACUAUAACCUCUCUCAACCUCGCCAUUUCUGCAAGAACUGUCGGAGGUACUGGACCAAAGGAGGUAUCCUCCGUAACGUUCCCGUCGGCGGUGGUUGCCGUAAGACCAAACGGUCGAAACCCAAACCCAAACCCAACUCAGAACCACACGAGGAGAGGAAAUCAACGACUUCGCGUUCGAGCAGCGAGAGCUCCACUCACACAACCACGACGAACGAGGCAGCUUCUGCGCCUUCCUCAUCGAACUCUGCUUCAGCUGCAACAGUAGGUUUACUCAAUUUCCACGAUUCGACACUGUUUGUCACUCAGAACCCUAACCUGAACACAGAUUUCGAGCCGCCGAUGUUGGAUACCCUCGGGCAGGUGUCAGACGGUGGGAUUUUCCCGGAGUUUGGGAGCUUUACGAGCUUGAUGGCGACUUCAAAUUCGACGUCUCUGGGGUUUAAUUUCUCCGAUAUAUCGCCGUUUCGGUUCCAUCACCAACAGCAACAACAAGGGCAGAAGAUAGUAAGCGAGGAGAUGAAGAUCCCAGAGUUGACGACGGGGUUGAUGGAUCAGACGGUGCCGGUCGACUUGGCUGAGAUGCAGGGUAGGAACGCUAAUGGGGGUGGGAGAGGGUUGCCGGAAUUACAAUGGCCGAGCAGUGGAGAUCAAGGACUGUACGAUUUGGGAAGCUCGGUGGAUCAAAGUUAUUGGGGUGAGAGACAAUGGGCUGACAACGAUCAACCUGUGUACCUCCCUUGAAGACAAAGCAACCAGUUGAGGGUCUACUAAACCUUCACUUACUGUCAGAUUUUCUCACCAUUUUUGAGUAUUUUAACAGCAAAACAACCCAAAUCGAACAGAGAAAGAUUAGAAAUUGUGCAUCUGUGUAAAUUUUCCUUUAGCCCUUUUUUCUCUUUUCCCCUUUUCUUUUGUGGAUUUGAUUGUAGUUUUGGCUUGAUCAUGGUGUGCGUCAUCUAUAUUGCAACUAACUUGCAUGAAUUUUCUACAAGUUAAGAUA